AUGUGUGACGACAAUAUGCCCGGAACUCUAGACCAACACCUUAAACCUGUUCUCGAAGAACACUCUGAAGACGAGAGGAAAACAAGGCUCGGGCCUCUUAAGAAGGUAAUGAAUGCCUCCACCAAGUUAAGGUGUUCCUUGAGCAAGAGGGGUCGAAGGGGCAACAGAGUAAUGCCUGUCCUUAUUGAGGACAACAUUGGUGCAGAAGACUUACAGGCCGUGGAUGCAUUUCGCCAAGCACUUAUCUUGGAAGAAUUGCUGCCUUCAAAGCAUGAUGAUCAUCAUAUGAUGCUAAGAUUUUUAAGGGCCAGGAAAUUUGACAUUGUGCAAACAAAGAAAAUGUGGGCUGAUAUGCUCCAGUGGAGGAAGGAAUUUGGUGCUGACACUAUUAUGGAGGACUUCGAGUUCAAGGAAAUUGAUGAAGUCGUGAAAUACUAUCCACAAGGACAUCAUGGAGUUGACAAGGAUGGACAACCUGUCUACAUUGAGAGACUUGGUCAAGUCGAUUCUACCAAGCUGUUGCAAGUGACAACAAUGGACUGCUACGUGAAGUACCACGUACGGGAGUUUGAGAGGACCUUUGUGUGUAAAUUCCCUGCAUGUUCCAUUGCAGCAAAGAAACACAUUGAUCAGAGCACCACUAUUCUCGAUGUACAUGGAGUGGGGCUUACAAGUUUAAACAAAUCUGCAAGGGAACUUAUCCAGUGCCUUCAGAAGGUUGAUGGUGACAAUUAUCCGGAGACCCUGAACCGUAUGUACAUCAUCAACGCUGGUUCUGGAUUUAGACUUUUAUGGAACACUGUGAAAUCUUUCCUUGACCCCAGGACAACCGGAAAAAUCCAUGUUCUGGGAAACAAAUACCAAAGCAAGUUGCUUGAAAUAAUUGAUUCUAGCGAGCUGCCAGAGUUUUUGGGUGGUAAGUGUACUUGUGCUGAUAAGGGUGGCUGUAUGCGUUCCAAUAAGGGCCCAUGGAAUGAUCCAGUCAUCAUGAAGUCUCAACUCUCGAAUGUGAAUAAAAAGCUCACGAAGUUGGGUAUUUUGAUGAACCAGAUGGUUCAAAAUGGUGAGGCCAAAUGCAAAAGGACAGCUUUGUCAGGCACUGAGAAGGCAGGCUCAAAGAGAUGUGAUUCUCUCAACUCAAAAACUGUUCCAGAGGCUGACAUGAAGUCUCAAGUGAAGCAGCAAAAUUUAUCUCCUUUGCCUGAAGAUGUUGUAAUUACCAAGGAGUGCUAUAGGACCUAUGAGCAUGACGACUUUAUGCCAAUGGUUGAUAAGGCUAUGGAUACAACUCUCACUAAAUCAAUUCAAUGUGAUAAAAUUUCCCCAAGCCAAGCUACAGAUAGUUUCCCUGUGCAUUACGCUUGCAGGGAUCUGGAAAGACUAAGCAAUCAAUUUGUUUCUGGAAUGAUGGUUUUUGUCAUGGGUAUUUUCACCAUGGUUCGAUUGGCACGAAACAUGCCUAAGAAACUGGCUGAGGUUGCCCACUAUGGAAACCCUGUUUACUCCACUGGAAUGGCGAAUAAAGGCCACCACUUGCCUGCACCAGCCAUUUCCAGCAAUGCAUACGUGACGAUGAUGAAGCGCAUGUCCGAAUUGGAGGAGAAAGUGAAUGUUCUCAGCACAAAACCAGCACUCAUGCCACCCGAGAAAGAGGAAAUGUUGUACACCACUCUCAACCGAAUCAACGUAUUGGAACAAGAUCUGCCAGCAACCAAGAAGGCACUUGAGGACGCCCUUGUUCGGCAAGAAGAGCUUGUAGCCUACCUUGACAAGGAUAAGAAGAAAAGGAAAUUUGUAUGUGACCGCCUAAUAUUUGCUUAA